AUGAAUACCAAAGGCAGUUUGUUUGCAUAUAGCCUUAGAGCGAAAAAGAAAAUCAUCCCGGAACUGGCACAAACACUUCCCUUGCCAGUUUACGAUAAAGCCGCCACCGAAACAUUGCAAAUACAGGGUAUUUUUACGGGCUUUACAGUGGAUGUUACUGAUUUAGCUUCUAUCCGCGUGUUGUGCUUAAAUGGAGGCUUUGGUCAAGGGAUGUUGUCCCGGGCAUUUCCGGCUUGUGUUACAAACUCACGUGAGUUGGCACGGAAACGCAAACGGAACACGAAUCUGGAACCAAAUCCAAGUCAAGAUACUGUGAGCGAACCUUUAUGCUUAUUUUUAGAAGAAGCCUUCUUUCUGAUGCAUACGUUAAAUAUUUUACAAUUAAAAGAUCUAUUCGAUAAAACGAUUGAUAUGCUAGAAGCGUUCGAAAGGUUUCGUAAGAUAAAGAAAAACUUCCUCGCUUGCUAUUGCGCGUAUUUGUACCUCAAGGCGAAAAACUGGGUCAUCAAGAGUGGAAUCAAAUUUGGCGGAGACUUUGUGAUCUACGUGAAAGGACCACAGUUUUAUCAUGCAUCGUACAUUGUACUGAUAAAGGAAAUGGUUGAUGGAAAACAGAUUGAUUCUCACACCGUUGAUGGGUUGGACUUUCAAGGGUUCAAUCGAAUUGCGGAAACAACAGCUAAAGAUGUGCUGUUUUUGGAGGUACACUAUCCGGCAAAUCUGGAUCUCUCGGACACUGCUGCCUGUGUGGAACGAUUAAAAGAUGUUCGUGUAGCGGAACUGUUUACGAAACACCACAAUUACUUGGCAGCACGAAAUCAAUCUUGA